GAUCUGUCGAUCGAAUCGAAGCAAACUGAGAGAAAGACCAUCGCCGUCGGCCGUCGCGCGAUUCGUCGCCGCCGUCUCAACUCCUCUCCCUCCCGCCUCCGCCUCCGCCUCGUCCUCUCCCGCUCUACCGCUCUCCCCCGUACCACUCGCCCCGACGACGCGCGGUUCCGGCGAACCGCCGCCAUCUUCCCCGCCACCAGCCCACGCACGCCGCCGCCGCCGCCGCCGUUACCACUCUUCCAUACAGGAUACAGUUUUCUGGUGAACACCAUUCUUGGUUUUGAGCGGCUGGCCGAAGCUAAGCAGCCCUCACGCACGCCGCCCCGCUGAAUUUCCCCGUCUCGCAAUGCACGACCAACCAGCACCAGCCAGCCCCAUGUCUCGCUCUCGCCUCUACUACUUGACCGCUCCGACGGCCAUCUUCCUCCGGCGCUCCUCCCCCACCUCCACCUCCACCUCGCCACCCUCACUCCGUGCUUUUCAGGUAGCCCUCGCCGCCGCCACGGAGAACCUACGCUCCGGGACGCUCAGCCAUGAGGAUGCACACCACCUGUUCGAUGAAUUGCUGCGCCAGGACACUCCAGUCCCCACGCGCGCCCUCAACGGCUUUCUCGCUGCCCUAGCCUGCGCGCCGGCCUCCGCCGCCUGCAGCGACGGCGGCCUCUUGCUCGCCGUCGCCCUCUUCAACCGCAUGCCCCUGGUGGCGCCGCCCACGGUCUGGACGUACAGCAUCCUGCUCGACUCUUGCUGCCGCGCGCGGCAGCCAGACCUGGCGCUCGCCUUCUUCGGCCGCUUCCUCAGGGCGGGCCUCAAGGCAAACAUCGACAUUGUUCGCACACUCCUCAAGGUGCUCUGCCACGCAAAGCGGACUGAUGAGGCUGCGGACGUGCUGCUUCACAGGAUGCUGCAUCUGGGCUGCGUGCCCGAUGCCAUCUCGUACACCACGGUUAUCCGUGGCUUCUUAAAGGAGGGUAAAUUCAGCACGGCAAGCAACCUAUUCCAUGAAAUGGUGCAGAAGGGCCUUGUUCCUGAUGUGGUGUCAUAUAGCUCCAUGAUUCAUGCGUUCUGCAAGCGUGGAAGAUGCAAAGAAGCUAGACAAAUCCUGGAUUGUGGGAUUCUCAAGGGCCUCAAACCAGAUAUCGUUGCAUACACUACCAUGCUUCACGGGUACGCUACAGAAGGAUGCCUCGUUGAUAUGAAUAAUCUCUACAACUUGAUGGUACGAGAAGGUGUUGUACCUAACCAAUAUGUUUUCAACAUAUUGAUCAAUGCGCAUGCUAAGUGUGGAUUGGUGGAUGAGGCAUUUCUUAUCUUUGGAGACAUGCAGAAACAGGGAGUGAAACCAGAUGCCGUAACCUAUUUAGCCAUGAUAGAUGCGUUUUGCAGAAAGGGUAGGAUGAAUGAUGCUAUCCAACAAUUCAACCAGAUGAUUAAUAUGGGGGUACCACCGAAUAUGCAGACUUACAGGUGCCUGAUUCAGGGUUAUUGUACACAUGGUGAUUUACUGAGAGCUAAAGAAUUGGUUCAUGAAAUGAUGGGAAAAGGCAUCCAUUGUCCUGGCGUUGUGUUCUUUAACAUUAUAAUAAACAACCUAUGCAAAGAAGGAAGGGUGACAGAUGCACAAGAUAUCUUUGACUUCAUGAUACAUAUAGGUGAGAAGCCUGAUGUUAUCACAUUCAGUUCACUGAUUGAUGGAUACUGCUCAGCUGGCAAGAUGCAGAAAGCAUGCAGGGUACGUGAUGAUAUGGUAUCGGUUGGCAUUGAACCUGAUGCAAUUACGUACAAUACACUUAUUGAUGGAUAUUUUAAAGCUGGAAUGGUGGAUGCUGCAUUGACUCUAUUCAGAGAAAUGUCAGAUAUGGCAGCUAAACCGGAUACUCUUACUUAUAACAUCAUAAUGGAUGGAUUAUUUAAGGCUGGUAGAACUGUUGCCGCAGAGGAAAAGUUCCAUGAGAUGGUCAAAAGUGGAGUGAAAUUGUCCAUUUGUACAUACAAUAUAAUUAUCAAUGGGCUUUGCAAAAAUGGUUGUGCGGACGAAGCAAUCAUGUUGUUCGAGAAAUUGCGAGCAAUGAACCUUAAGUUUGAUAUCAGAACUCUCAAUAUUAUAAUUGAUGCAAUGUUUAAUGUUGGGAGAAUAGAGCAAGCUAAGAAUUUGUUUGCUGCAAUGCCAGCCAAGGGAUUGGCACCUGAUGUUGUAACCUACACUACGAUGAUGUCAAACCUUAUAAAAAAAGGAUUGGCAGAAGAAGCUGACAAUAUAUAUUCAUCAAUGGAGGCGAGUGGUUGCCCUCCUGACUCUCGUUUGUUAAAUGUUAUUAUCAGAAAGUUACUGAACAAAGGUGAAAUAGUCAGGGCCAUCAGUUAUAUGUCCAGACUUGAUGGCAAGGGCAUGUUGCUUGAAGCUUCAACUACUUCCCAGUUGAUAUCUCUCUUUUCAAUGCAAGGGAUAUAUAUAUAUUUUUUUUUUGAAUGGUCACCGGGGGGGAAUAAAUCCCCACCUGAAUAUUUUUUCAUUCAUAUUUGCCUAUGAGAUUUUGCAACCUCUACAAGAUAGGUUCAAGUGAACCGGAGUACACGGGGGAUUACAGGGGAAGAGAAAUAAUCAGGAAACACACACACACACCCACAUACAUGAAAACUCUGAGAGGACUCUGGGCAAGAUACCGGGGCGAGGCAACAUGACCUCCCCAAACUACAAGUAGAAACACCGCAAGAAGAGACCGAACCAAACAGUUGGCACAUUGCCCGGAAGCACCACCACCGUGGACGAAAAGCACCCGUCAGCCGAGACCAAACCAAACGCUGCCGGCGUGCGCGAAGGGUGAAGCGCAACCGAGUCCACACCGCUCCACCAGCAGGCCAAAGGCGUAGUCGAAGGGCGACAAGCAGCCGAGACAAUGCCGAAGGGCUACUCCGCCGAGAUCACAACCAAAGAUCCACUGUGUCGCCAAUGUGCACGAAAGGCCACGCACACCGAGCUCACGACACGACGCCGCAGGCGAAAUCGAAAGGCAUCGCGGAGCCGAGUCCACACCCGGAUAGCUUCAGGAAGCACGCGCGCACACUGCGGAGCAAGAACCGCAAGCGCAAACCGAAGGGCACUGCAUGGCCGAGGCUGCACCGUCCACCGGUGUCGCCGAAGAGCAAUACAAGCCGAGGUCGAACUAAGGUACCACACCAGGCACGAUCUAGGAUACAAGCGGGGCAGCACCUGCAGCUGGUAACACCCAAGGAGGCAAGGAGCAGCCACCACCAAGCCACGGCACUCCUGGAUAGGAGAAAGCCGCCUCCAUGGCUGCCAGUGCAGAACCAUGGAGCUUGUCAGCCCGACGGAGCAGCGUCCACCACGGCUGACAACAGGACUUGGGGACCGAGCACCACCACGGCAAGUCCCCGGGUAGGGAGCGAGCCGCGCUCCAAGGCUGCCAACUGCGAACCGAGGAGUGUCCGUCUCAGCAGAACGCGCUGCAGGAGACCGAUAGAGAUGCGGGAACAAGGGACACCUUCGAAACCACUGCAGAGGGACAAACACCAGCCGCCACGGGCCAGGCCGCCACAAGCCGAACCACCGAUGCCCAGUACCACACUGGCCACCGAAGGCCUCGCCCGGAGCUCACCACCGGUGCCACGCCGGCCUCAUGCACCAGGCCAGGGGGCGGAGAUCCGCCGCCAGAGCCCGCCAGAUCUGGCGCAGCGCGAGGCUGCGUCGAGUCCGCCGUGCCACGCACAAGAACUGACCAAGGACCAACCAGGGUGGGCAGAGAGAGAGGCAGGCAGCGCCGCCGCAACUGAGCAGAGGGAUGGGAGGCAGCAAGGCCGGAGGGGAUGAACGCAUCACGGCACCAGAUCGGAUCGGCCCGCGCGGUCGAUCUGGUCCUCCCUACGCAGCCCAGCCGUCCCCCAGCAGGAAGGGGACCGGAGAGAGGGACGGGUGCUGAGGAGGAGCACCCACCAAGGGACGACGCCGCCAGCACACGGAGGAGCACCGGCCGCCGCCAUUAAAGACGCCAGAGCACAGCGCCGCAAGAAACCACCACCCCUUCGGGGCAGGGGUCCGCCGCCACCGCGGCGGCUGCCAGCGGCAGCGGCGGAGAGGGGGGUCGCCGGAGGAGGGCCCCGCGCGGCCGGAGGUGGGGGACGCCCCGGUGCCGCUCACGAGCGGCACGGGAGCGGAGUUUAGUCUUGCCGUCAGGGCCUCGAAAUCCUCUUGAGGUUAGGUGUAGUAGUCUCAAGUCUUUUUCAUGCAAGGGAUAUAUCAUAAGCACAAAGAUUUGCUCCCAGCAAGGUAUCAGUUUUUUGAAGGAGACAUCUACAGUUGACAUGAACUUAAACCCUUGAAAGGCAUGCUUAAGAUUUUCAUUGCAAUGAGUCAUUUCUGCUGGUACAAGAAAUGCAGGCAGCUGCGAGUACAAAGAUGAUCAGAGGUACAACUGAUUGCAUUUGUUACAAAAAUGGCUCCUGGUGACUGGUGGUGAUUGUUGAAGGUAUUGAAAUGUGUUGUUCCACAAGAUGUUUAUUUUUUUGGCUGUAUGUUAGUGGUUUGACAGUUGUACAUGAGCUGAAUAGUAGCACUCUGCUCUGCCAUCAUCACAUUGCUCACAGAGCUGGAGAAUGA